GAGGAGUUAAAAACUAAAAUGGUUUUGUUGCCAUUCAAGACUGGAUACGUGGCAUUGCCACUCCUGCACUAGUGUGCUAUUUAUUUAUUUUUUAUUGUUCGUUUUGAUUUACCGAUUUGUUUUUUUAUUCACAUUUGCGAGAAAAAGUAUGUGAACCCUUUGGGAUUACUUGGAUUUCUGCAUUUUCACUUUUUCUCGCAACUGUAUGUAUUUUAUGUAUUUUUUUUUCUUUAAGCAUGUUGCCUUUCGCCAUAGUGGCAUUUGAAAAUAAUGGCGGAUUGGCAGUUAUUCCAACAAAAUGGUUUACCGGGGGUGAGGAGGACGAAUGUUACUGGCCACCAGCCAAGAUCAACAUGGCAAAGGCGGUCGCAGAACAACUGGAGCCGCACACUGAUUGGGCAACAUUCAAGUUGACGGUCAAGAGAAAAGCCGCAACGUAUGGAGUUGCCCGCUCAAAAUUGGUUGAGUACGAGGAAAAUACAGAUGUCCUGACCGAGUCUGAUUCCGAGAACUUGGGAAAAGGACAGCGCAAAAGGAGGAAAGUCAUUUUUACAAGUGAGGAUGAGGAUGAGGACGAUGACAGCCCCAUCGGACCUACCGCUCCAUCCAGCCUCAGGUCACCACCUACCGCUACAUCCAGCCUCAGGUCACCACCUACCGCUCCAUCCUACGCUACAUCCAGCCUCGGGUCACCACCUACCGCUCCAUCCUUCGCUACAUCCAGCCUCAGGUCACCACCUACCGCUCCAUCCUACGCUCCAUCCAGCCUCGGGUCACCACCUACCGCUCCAUCCAGCCUCAGGUCACCACCUACCGCUCCAUCCUACGCUACAUCCAGCCUCGGGUCACCACCUACCGCUCCAUCCUACGCUCCAUCUAGCCUCAGGUCACCACCUACCGCUCCAUCCUACGCUACAUCCAGCCUCAGGUCACCACCUACCGCUCCAUCCUACGCUACAUCCAGCUUAAGGUCACCGCCUACCGCUCCAUCUCCACAAACGUCAUGUCGCAGCUGUGGCUGA